UUCAUAUCGAUAUGCCGGUGUAGUUGUAUUGUGUAAGCUUUCUGUUUUUCCGAGAAAACAACACGAUGGGUCCGAGGAUCAUGACUGUGGUAACGUUUCCCGGAAUUAUAUAUUCAAGAUUCCGAGAAAACCGGAAGUUCUCAUGGGUGACUAAUAGCUCAUUGUGUUGGCCCUUCGGAUUACAAUACCGAGGUUUUGUCGUCGAAUUCGAGCCUUUUAAACACUACAGAGAUGACGUCACUGUGGAACUGGUUGGUAGCAGACUACACUUUAACGAAGAAACUUCGUAAAUAUUCCGUCAAGCACGUGAAGAUUUCCAAAGCUGACAUGAGUCGCACUAAAAAGCUGGUAGGAGAUUACAUUGAAGAUGAGAUCAUGUGGUAUUGUCGCCGAAAUUCUACCCUCCCAAUCCAGAAUCUACAAUAUACUAGAAGCGUGUAUGAGAAGCUGAAAACGGAAGCGGCCGAAGAAGUCGAUGUCAUGGUAGUGCUCAAGACCUAUAAACCCUGGUUUUGGGGUGAUCCUGAAGUGAUAGUAGAAGAAACAGACAUACCAGGCUAUGUGCGACUCAAGACAACUAUGGCUGACUCGAAACUUCGCAAGUACGUGAAUUCGGAAGGGUAUAUCAUUCCUGAGCGUCUACGAAAUGGUUGGUUCUACAGUCUCGUUGAUCAAGCAGUAAGAGAUUUUAGAGGUAGAUCGCCAGAUUCUGACGUCAACUUGGUUUUGCGCUACCAUGGGCCAGCUGUUCAGCUAGAUAUCUUCCAAAAAGGAACUGGCGAGAUACUUCUCUCAGCUGAUCUUGUGCCAUGCUUAGAAAGUAAUUCCGGUCAUUACUUCGUUGCAAAACGUUAUGCAGGGUCUGACCUCCUUUGGAGGCGGUCGUUUUCACGGGAGGAGAAAUAUCUGUUAUGGGGUAUGGAUAGAGAUGAUCACGGCUGCAGACAUGAGCUCCUCAGAAUCGUGAAAACCAUCGUGAAGAGGGAACGGACAUCCCUUGGACGACUGCACUCAUACCACUUGAAGACCGCCUUCAUGCACUACAUUAAAGAGAAGCCUAAUAACUGGGCAGGCUGGAACUCGCUGGGGAAACACUUCGUUGGCUUUCUCGCUGAGCUUCAAGCUUCCCUGGAGAGAGGAAGCCUUCCGCACUACUGGCUACCAAAAGUGAAUGUUCUAUAUGACAUCCACCACGGAGUUGUCGAGCAAAUGGCAUAUCGUUUGAAAAGGAUCCUCAACAGUGAAGCAGUGAGAAAUGAUAUUCUCGAGCUAGAAGAAAAGGGGAACCAGCAGCUUCAACGAGGAAUUGCCGAAAGAGACCAUAACCGUCCUGUCUGUUUAGUACCUUUGCACUGUUUGAUUUGUGUGCUUUUUUGCUUGUUUGUUUGUUCGAUGUUUUGCGAACUAACCAAGAGCAAUUAGCACUAACAUUUGUCACAAGAGUUGUAUGAAUCGUCCUGCCUGUAUAUACCGUUGUAUACCGUUCUUGUUUCAGAUAACAUAACAGUGACCAUAAAUAUCGAUAUGCACUUGCUUCUGCUAGAAAUUUUCUACAAUUCUAUGUUUUAAUGAUAAAUAAAGUUCAGAGGUCAAAAGAAGUGGGGAAAUCCCCGAUUGAACACGUCAUCUUCCAGUUUCUAAAUAUUUGAAUGACGCAUGCCUCCAUCUUUAAUUACUUCAGGAAAUAGCCCAAACAAAAUACGUUCGCUGAUUGGUUAAAAGUCAUGUUUCCAUUAAACAAUCAGAUUAUGAGCGCGAGAUUUCCAUCGCGUGAUA